AUGCCCUUCGUCGUCGAGCCUGCCAUCAAAUCCACUAUCAAGUACACCAUCGAGCUCACUGUCGAAACCGCCGUCGAAACCGCCGUCGAAACCGCCGUCGAGGUCAUUGCCGAGACUAUCAUUCAACCCUUUAUAAAGUCCGCCGCUAUUGCCGCGCUCACGCCUAUUAUCGAAUUCGCUGUGUCGAUAGUCGCUAUGUGUUUGUCCGCGGCUGGCUCUGCGAUUAAGAGGCUUGCAGAGUCUGCGAUUAAGAGGCUUGCAGAGUCUACGAUUAAGAGGAUUGUUAGAGGGUUUGCGAUUAAGAUGAUUGUUGGAGGGUUUGCGAUUAAGAGGAUUGGAGGGUUUGCGACUAGGUAG